AUCAAUGACAUCAACACAUUUUCAAAUGGAUAUGUGUAGUCUGAUUGAAGAGAUAAUUACAGAUUUUGCUGUGUAUAUUUCUUUUAAAGGAUUUUUGAGGAUUCGAUACCAAAUAAAUGUGUUGUGUUGAAAGAUACACGUAUGAAAAUGGUGCUUAAUAAAUUCUUUAAAGGGCACACAGUGUACCCGUCGUCAUCUAGAGCUGAGCCUGCCAAUACCUCUGUUGCCAGAGAUUCUUGUGGAUCAUGGGGAACACCGGAUUCCACUCCAAUACGCACAAGAUUAACAAAGACGGCAUCUAACAUUGAACCAAAUUCUAAUGUCCGUGAUGAAGAAGUGAAUAAUAAAGGAUCAAUAUUUGUUAUAGAAAAACGAGUGCGAUUAUUCGAAAGUAAUUCUCCUAAAACUAAAUCUGAGGAUGAAGGGAAAGAAACAUCAACAGAAUUGACGAUCUUUGAAAGGCAUAAUAAUUCCAGAAGAUCUUCUGAAGAUAAGAUAGAAGCUAUUGAAUCACCACAAAGCCCAGUGCCAACUCCUUCUUGGAAAGAUAAAAAAUGCAGAGGCUUCAAAUUGCCAACAUUAUUCGACCCCUACGUACCCAUUGAUCCUCAAGGGCGAGUGUACAUAACCUGGCUAUUCCUAGUAACGUUCUGCUAUAGCUACAAUGCUUGGGCAGUCGCCCUCCGCGCUACCUUCCCGUACCAAACGCCGGAAAAUCUUCCGUUUUGGAUUACGGCUGAUUACUUCUGCGAUAUCAUUUAUAUUCUUGACGUUGUGUUCGUGAAACCGAGAUUAAUGUUCUUGAACGAAGGCUUUUGGGUCACUGACCAGACUGAGACUAGAAAAAAUUAUAAGAAGAAGACCCAAUAUAAGUUUGAUGUCAUCUCUCUGCUUCCCUUGGAUAUUUUAUACUUGUACUUCGGAACAAAUAUGGUGAUACUACGAUUCCCGAGAGUACUUAAAUUGCAGACUUUUUGGGAAUUUCACCAAGCUAUGGACCGAGUACUCUCUUCUCCUUACGUGGUGAGAAUUGGCAAGACCCUAUUCUAUAUAUUUUACCUUAUCCACCUCAACGCUUGCGCAUACUAUGCUAUGAGCGACUACAUCGGCCUCGGGACCAAUAGCUGGGUGUAUGAUAACGUUGGAAACGCUUAUAUACGAUGCUUUUACUUCGCCACCAAAACCGCUACGUCUAUUGGUAAAAAUCCAAAACCGGGAAAUACUUGGGAGUACUUGUUCAUGACUGCUGCUUGGCUCAUGGGCGUCUUCGUGUUCGCCCUGCUCAUUGGUCAAAUCCGGGAUAUCAUUGCUACAGCAACUAGACAGAAGACAGAAUACCGUAAGAAAGUUGACGGCUGCGUUCGGUACUUGCGCCGACUGAACAUGCCGGUGACCCUCCAGCGGCGCGUCGCUUGCUGGUUCAACUACACCUGGAGCCAGCAGCGGUGUUUUGAUGAAGGAAGAAUUCUUAAUUCUUUACCAUAUAAUAUGAAACGCGAUGUGGCCCUGGAAGUUCAUAUGUCUACCUUAAGUAAGGUGCAACUAUUCCGCGACUGCUCCACAUCCCUGCUGCGCGAUCUGGUGCUGCAGCUACGGCCGGUGUCCGUGCUGCCCGGCGACCUGGUGGUGCGCCGCGGGGACGUGGGACACGAAAUGUACAUCGUUAAAACUGGGGAGUGUCUGGUAAUGUCUCCAGACGAGAAAGAAGUUUUGGUAACUCUUGGUGAAGGCUCUGUCUUUGGCGAAAUCAGCCUACUCGGCAUAGAUGGGUUGAGAAGACGUACCGCUACAGUACGAUCACGAGGUUAUUCCACCCUCUUUGCAUUAUCCCGUAAUGACCUAGACACAGCCUUAGACUACCAUAAAGAAGCGGCUAAAAUCCUGCGCCGCAGAGCCGAUCAGAUCAUAAGAGAAAAUGCGGCAAGACAGGCCAAGCAGAAGAUGUCCGCUAAACAUAGAGACGAAGGAGCCAGGAGGAGAAGAAGUGGAAGCAGCAAUGACAGUAGCCUGACUGUAGAUAAAAGGAAUAGAUCGGCGAGCGCGCAGUCCAAGAGGAAGUUGUCUAUGGUAUCAGAAGAUAAGCCAGCGGAAUUGCGCCUCAAUGCAUCGCCCGUACCGCGUGCAGAAGUCCGAACACCGAUACCAACUAUCGUUCUUUCCAGCGAAAUUAAUUAAUUAUAACGUUAUGCCAAAAAGACUAAGAACACAUUUGAAUAUAUUUAUAAUGAAAACAGAAAUAUUUAAAUAAAAAGAUUCCUCAUAACUUAAAGGAAAAACAAUUUAGUUUUAUAAUACUCAUUAUAGGUAUGUAAGCUUAAUAUAAUUGUGAUAAAAACACGCUUGAGAUUAGUAUGAAUACAGAUUUGUAUGUAUUUUAAUUAAAGUCAUUCAAAAUAAUGAUUAUUGAUAAAAGGCUUUAACCAUAAGAACAGGUAACAUAAUACUAGUACCAUUUUAGAAGUUUUUUGUUCAUUCCUACAAAAAUCUCCAUCACAAAUAUCAUCUAAAUCGAAAGGAUUUUAGAAUGGAAUGGAUUGCCAAAUUUUCGAUGUCGUUUGUUAAAAAAAAUCGUAUCGUGUACCCUUUUUCCGUUUUACGAUAAAUUUUAUAUAUAUUGUUAUAAU